AUGGCACCCACCAGCCGGCCCCCAAGCCUCCCCUCGAUCCCCGACAUCGCCCUCGACCUCGACGAGAAGGCCCAGCUCCUCCCCGAGCUCGAAGAGGUCCUCAGCUCAGGAGGCGAAACCUGCACGACCCUUGACGAGGAAGACGACUUCCGGCCGUCGCGCUCGCACAGCACGCGCACCCAGAACUCGUUCCACCGCCGAAUCGUCCUCCCAUCCCGCUUCCCCUCCAUCAGCAGCAGCCACGCGCCAACAACACUCACCACCCUCCCGCUCACCCCCCGCCGACACGACCCAACCUGCCAAGUCCAACCACUCCAACUCCCCCCCACCCAAAAGACCGUCCACGAGUCGUGGACAAUAACGUACCACCACCCGACGCCACGCACCAAAAUCCACAUCCGCGCGCUGGGCAUCACGCUCUGGCGGCAGUUCGACCCGCGCGACGACGAGGGGUCGGUGCUGUCGGUGGUGCCCAACACGCACUUCGGGCAGGCCGAGCUGGCCGCCACGGUCGCGCUGCACGAGGCGAGCGUGACGGCGUGCGCGGCGCGCCGCGGCGGCAGCCGGCCGAUGCGCACGCUUUCGAAGCCCAAGAUUGUGGGGUCCGCUGGUGGUGGUGGUGGCGGUGGUGCUGGUAAGGGGGGUAGUGGUGAUGGUUGGUGGGAGGGCGCGGUGUACGCGGCGGACCUGGAGCGGCGCGUGCGCGCGCUCGACUGGCGCGUGCAGGACGAGAUCUACGAGCUGCUCAGCGACCGCGUGCAGAGCAGCAGCAACGCGUUCCGGCGCCGGGAUUGGCGGGUCGUGGCGCUGACCGAGGUGCCUGGUGGUGAGCUGACCUACGCGCCGACGGGGUUCAGGGCCUUCGGGGAGCAGAAGAGGGGCUGGUUUGGGUUUGGGAAGGCCAAGAGGUUUAGUGUUAAGGCGAACCGGCGGCCGGACAUGCCGGUGACUGAGUAUCGUCUGGUGUUGAGAGGAGCCGAGACUAAGACGAAUGACCAGGGCUGGGGACACUAUAACCGGUACAGUCGGCCAUGGCGGGCAGCCGAUGAGAAGGAGAUUGGGGACAGGAGGCGGUGGUCCAGCUUCACGGGGAAGAGCGAGAAAUAUGUUGAUUUUUGAGCGUGAGCAUAUCGGUUCGAGGCAUAGCGGUUGGAGCAUGGACGGCGUUGUUAUUGUCUAUCAUUAAGCUUUCCUAUGUCUAGGUCAAUGAAGAGAUGUCGCACAACUAAAGCUGCAAGGGGUGCCGUCGGCUGAUGUCCCGCGUCCUCACGUCGAUGCCUGCCACUUCGGCACAAGCUCCGCGUACACGGCCCGUUCCAGCUCAUCGUACAUCUUGAGAGCUGUGGGGUCAUUGUACGGGUAGACAUUGACAACCAUCGCGGCGCCGAUACCCGUCUCACGGUCGAUCCAC